GCACUGAAUUUAUUUAAUACACAAGCUUCACAAUUUGAGUUGAAUUACUGAAAUGAACUUUUCCACAACAUUCUAAUUUGAAAUGCACCUGUACAUGAUUUGAAAAUCAUUUUCUUCAUCUAUUUAAUGAAUGUCCCUGCUGUUGAUGUUAAUUUUGAAACUUGAUUUUAAAGUUGCAAGGGCAGUUUUACUCAUUAACAUGAAAAGGAAGCAAAUCAUGUGUAUUAUUAUGUAAACCAGCAGUUUCUAAACUCCCAUUAAAUGGCAACUACCUUAAAAUGUUACUAAGGAAUUGCCACAACACUUUAAAGAACAACUGCCUUCAUUGUGAGAGCAAUACUUUCAAUUUCACAUUUGUCAAAGAAAAGAGAAAUGGCUGAGUUUUGAAGUAGGUCCCUUUAACCCUCCCACUGAUCAUUGAAAACACUCAAAUAUCCCUCUCAAAACAUCCACAUCACUCAAUAGUAGCCUCAAUUUGCUGUGCCGUUUUCUAGCAAUUUGUUCAAGAUUGCCAGAAGUACUACUUUUAGAACUAAAAAAAAAUUAAGGUAAGAAUAUUCUCGCUCAUUAUUUUAUUAGUGAAUAUUUUUUUUAAAUAUCUAAUUUUAAUCAAAUUUAAUAAUAAAUUCUAAUAACAAAAUUAAUGUGAUUAUAUAGAGAACAUCAUGACUGAAGACUAUACAUCUAUAGAACCAGAAGACCAACUUUGUCACAAAGAAGAGGUGGUCAAAAUUGGAUCCAUUGUUAUUCCAGUUUAUUUCGCUUUGCUGGUUGUGUUUAGUUGCAUUGGUAACCUGCUGGUUCUGGUCAUCCUGGUGCUGUAUGAGAAGUUUAGAUUGCUUAUCAACAUCCUGAUCCUCAAUUUAGCCGUGGCAGAUCUGCUUUUCACUUUUGGACUUCCGUUUUGGGCCUCGUACUACAUCUGGGGUUGGACAUUUGGAGAGGUUGGCUGUAAAGCGGUGAAGUUUCUGUUCUACCUCGGCUUUUACAGCAGCGUGUUGUUCUUGACUGUAAUGACCGUUCAGCGUUACAUGGCAGUGGUUCAUCCUCUGUCUGACUGGGAGAGAUGCAGAGGCUUUUCAGUUGCUCCUUUUAUCGUUUGGAUCCUGAGUGGAACAGCUGCACUCUUAAUCUCCUUUCAUAGCCAAGUCUUAGAACAUGAAGGGGUUCUUUACUGUGAAUUUGACAGUAUUCCAGUGAAGCAUGCUGCUGUUUAUUUACAAAAUGUUUUCUUCUUGAUUGCAUUUUGCAUCAUGGGAUUUUGUCAAGUCAGAAUGUUCCAGAGAAUCACACAAUCCCGAACAAAGCGGCGACAUAAGUCUAUCAAACUAAUAUUCUCCAUCGGGCUGGUAUUCUUCAUCGGUUGGGCUCCAUACAACAUUGUUAUGUUCUUGAGAAUUCAGCAGGAUAAUGGUCUGUCUUCGUUCAUGGACUGUAAUGUAUCCAUUCGUCUUGAUUAUGCAUUUUACGCCUGCCGACUGCUGGCUUUUUCACCUUGUUGCUUAAACCCAGUGCUUUAUGCUCUAAUUGGAGAAAAAUUUCAGAAACAUUUAAAGACAAUAUUGAAGAAAAUGUGUUAAAAAAAUAAAGCAAUUCUGAUCUAUACUGAGAAGAAUUUCCUGUUGUUGUUUUGGUGUGUUUGUUAACUGCAGCACAAAGCAUAACAUACCACACAAAGUUUGGGUUGU